AAAUUUCGCGAGUACAUCUUUUUCCAAGGUCUCUUCAAGGUCCUCCUCAACUUUUCGCUUCACUCAGAUUACUGGACAUAAAAUCUCCAGGAAAUGAUGUUACUUCAAUUUCCCUGUGUUAUACCUACCUAAAGAAUUCGCUUAUUUUUUUAAAACUAAUAGAAGGAGUAAUAAUUACAUACAAUUGUUGCUAAUAUUUAUCACAUGCAUUAAUAUCUGGCUUGAAAACUUUAUUUCCAGAGUUUUAUACGUCAUAUAAAUUUCUCUGCACCCUUUAUUAAUAUUUAUACAGUGUGUAUUUUGUCGCACUUAUGUGUAAAUUUAUUUGAACCAUAAAUGGACAUAACCGUCAACGUUCCCCCUGAUUCAACUAACGGUAAACUUGAGAAUGUGACUUCUAAAACCUUUGACAAAACGUGCUCUGACUCUCACCACAACAAUAACUCUCUUCCGACGUCAUCCACUGCUUGUAAAACACAUUUAUGUCAAGGAGUUUAUCUACCUGAUGACGAUGGAUCUAUUCUCACUCCUGAACAUGCCUUUGUACAGUAUCAAACCCGGUCUGAAGACCAAGCCUGCCAGAUUUGUGGUCAGCCAGCUGUCGGAUUCCACCAUCGGGCAUACGUUUGCGAGGCCUGCAAGAAAUUUUUCAUGCGACAUACAGCUGCCAGAUUACGAAAUUCUGAAAUUGGAUCUACAGUUUCUGAAUCAAUAUGUCCAAUGGGUGGUAGAUGUCGUGUUGAAGGUCCCGGUCGUGGUAAAUGCCCACAUUGUCGUUAUCGAAAAUGUUUAGAGUUGGGAAUGACUUUAACACCUCCCGGUGGUGAAGCUGGCUGUGAUAUUUCCCAAAUACCGUGUCGUGUAUGCAGUGGUCCAUCUUCCGGUUUUCAUUUUGGUGCAUUAACAUGUGAAGGUUGCAAGGGUUUCUUUCGACGAACUGUCUUAUCCAAUGUUCGUUUAGAAUGUCUUGGCAAUAAUGAUUGUCCAAUUACACCAGCUAAUCGAAAUAUGUGUAAAAGUUGUCGAUUUCAACGUUGUCUAGCAGUUGGCAUGUCUAAAACUGGAAGUCGUAUUGGUCGACAACCUAAUGCAAUUAAAUAUUAUUGUGCUCGCGAAAUUUCCCAAUUAACUAAUUCUAAUGAUUGUGAAGCAACCACAACUAUGAAUCCAUCUUCAAGUUCAUCAAAUAAACAUGAAUCUAACCGACGUAAUUCAGUUAGUCAUAGUAGUACUAGUAGUGGUACUACAAAUCUAAGUUGUAACAUCAGCAAUAAUGGUAAUAAAAAUAAUAAUAUUACUGCUAAUCAUGAUGAUAAUAAUCAUAGCAACAGUAAGAAUAAUAAUCUUAAUGAACAUGAUUUAUUGUCAAUUGCUGAAGAACAUUGUAGAUCAGUAUUAGGUCAAUCAAAUUAUCCAUCAUCUAGUUGGCCUUCAUUUAAACGUAUGAUGUCUAAUCUUGAUCAUUUGGAUUCAAUUAAUAACACUACUAUCGCCAAUACAACCACCGUCUCCAUAACAACAACAACGACAACAACAACAAUAAUAUCGACAACUGGAGUAUCUUUAGUUCCAUCAAGUAUUCCUUUAACAUCAACAUCUACAGUAAAUCAUUUCAUUGAACACAGUAAUCAUAAUUAUAACGAGUUACAAAAUAGUGGUGAUUCGUUGAAAAAUGGAUCUUUAUUAUCUUUAUCACCGUCUUCAUCUACAUCACCAUCGUCAGGGAUUAAAAGUCAUAUAAAGUAUAAGACAGAUACACGUCCACAAUAUCUUAAUUCUCAGUCACGUCCUUUUCAUCAUUAUCCUCCGCCACCACCGCCUCCUCAUCAUCCUGCACAAUCAUCUAUUUCUCAGAACAAUUGUUUUAAUAACAAUAAUGUUGGUAUGAGUGGUAGCAAUAAUAAUAUUGCUAAUGGUGUCGUCCUUCUCUCUGGCCGUGCGGAUUCAAUUUUACCUUCUUCUACUUCCAAUGGUGCUAGUCAUGGUAGUGAUUAUCUUUUAAUUGAUCCUUCAAGAAAUAUUACUAAACGACGUAAAACAAUACCGUCUGAAAUAGAUGUUAACUUAGAGAUCUCUGAUAAUAGUAUUACAUCUUCUAAAUUAACACCUAUUAAUUCAGUACACAUACAUGAUGAUGAUGAUGACGUAGAUGAUGAAGGCUGCGAUCAUGAUGAUAUUGAUGAUGUUAAUGAUAAUGUUGAGGACGUUGAAAAUGGCAAUUCUACUAGUGGUUCUAAUGGUAAUGAACAUUUAAAUCAACGUUACAGUCAUAGACAUCAACAACAAUAUCAUCAUCCUGUACACCAAGCUGUACAUCAUCGUCACCAACAACAAAACCGUCGUAACGCGGACUUGACAAGUUUGAAUGAAGAGAAUAUCCAUAAUGUUAUCGGUUCUGUUCAUAAUGAUUUGGAUAUCAGUAAUAGUUGUAGAAGUAAUAAUAAUAAUAGUAGAUAUGAGAAACUUGUAGAUAGUGGGAAAAUUCAUAACAUAUCAGUGGAUAAUUUCUCAUUUAUUAAUCAAUCAAGGCAUUUAUCGAAUCAAAUUAACUUGCCAAAUGAUAAUGAACAUAAUAUAAACAUUAAUAAUAAUGAGAAUUGUUCCACUGUACUUGAACAAUUACAAUUUAGAAACUAUCCAUUAAUGGAUAGAUCAUCAGUUAUUGUUGAAACUCAGUCAAAAGAUUCUCAUGCGGUAACUACUCAUUUAAAUCAAUCCUAUUUACGACCUACACAAUUAAAUUUAACAACUGGAAGACAUUUACCUGAUGAAUCCUAUUCAUUGUCUUAUCUUUCAUCUUCAUUAUCAUCAUCACCAACAUUAUCAUCGACAUUAACUACUACAUCAUGUCCACGUUCAUCUGUGAUAUCAGACUAUUCUGACUUCAAUAAUCAAUUAUCUGCUGAUGUUAGUGAUAAUAAUAACAAUAAUAAUAAUAAUAAUAAUCAAGUAUGGUUACCAAAACAACGAUAUAUUAAAUCUAGUCGGAGUUUACCAAAUGAACAAACUAAUAAUCAAUUAAUAAGUUCAAAUAAUAAUAAUCAGAAUGCCAAUAAUUGUUUAGAUUCAAAUUCAUUAGGAUUUCUCAAUGGUGGACGUAAUGUUGUUGAUAUAAGUGGAUUAACUGAGACUGAACCAACAUCAACAACUACUACACCGUGGUUUGCAGCAGCAGCGGCAGCUGUAGCUGUUGUUAUGGCUGCAUCUCAAUCAUCAUCAUCAUCAUCAACUAAUUCCGCUUUAUUAGAUCCAUAUACAGUAUCAUCAAAUUUAAAUGAAUGUUUUGGAAUCAAUGACCGUAUUAAUAAUAAUAAUAAUUCAGGUAUAAAUCAAGUAAAUAAUCGACGUGUUCCAGUGAAUACAACUAAUUUUUCAAAGCAACGUUUCAAAUUAGGUCUACAUGAAACUGUUUUAGAUCAUCAACAUUCUGGUAGAUCAUUUUUAUCAAAUUCUUAUAAUAUUAAUCCAUAUGAUACUAAUAGUAAUACUACUAGUGGUCAUAUGAAUGAAAAUAUAUUGAAAAUUGGUAAAUAUGAAUCAAAUGAUACAUUACGUUCCUUACAUCCAUCAUUAUCAUCAUCAUCAACAUCAUCAGUAGCAUCAUCAUUAUCUGAUGUUACACAUCCGUCGACAAUAGCUGCUAUGCAAGCGGCGGCUGUUGCAGCAGCAGCAGCUGCUACCGCUGCUGGUCUAGUUCUAUCCAAUAGUCGUGUACGUGGAUUAUCUGAUGAAAUUUAUCCAAAUUUAAAUCGUGUGAGCAUUUCUAAUUCAUUGCCUGAAUUACCAAAUAAUUGUUAUACAUCAACUACACCAUCAUCAUUAUCCUCAUCAUCAUCAUCACCACCAAUAAUGGGUAAUUUUGGUAGAAUUAUUGAAAAUCUUUCAAUGUAUUCAACAUCAUUAGAUCGUAAUGCUCAACCGAUUAAUAAUCUGGAUUAUCCAUCAUCAUCAACAUUAUCCUCCUCCUCCUCAUUAUUAUUGUCAUCAACAGUGAAUAAUUUCCCUGUUAAUCAUUCCAUUGUAAAUACUACAUUACCAUCGAUUACUGUACCAGUUAUAACUAAUAAAGAAAUUAGUCCACGUUUAAAGAAUGGUAUUAGACCGGUGAGUUUAUUAAUUCCACUGAUAUCUACAUUCACUUUUUUCAAUAUUUAAGUAGUAUCUAUUUUGUAUACACUUUAUGAAUAAUAAUAGUUUGUUAAAAGUAGUAAUGUUUUAUAUUUGUAAUUGUCAUUUGAAAAAGGGGAAUUUGGUCAGAGGUUAACUCCAUUAUCGAUUUAUUUAAUCAUUUUGCUUGAAACGUUGAAUUUAUAAUAAAAAAAGUAAGUUGUUUAAACAUCAGAAUAAUUACUCAGCAAACUAUAAUCUCUAUACACAUAGUUCCCUUUAUCAUUUUGAAAUGAGCAAGAACAAAGAUUCUAUUAGGAUAGCAUGGAUUCAUUUUAUUUCGUCUGAUUCUCAUCAACUGCUUACAUAAUGGGUUUCUAAUUACUUACAUGAGAGGGUUUGGUUGGAAGUUAUAUUGAAGAUAUAUUCGUAUAGUAUAGAAAGGGGGUAAAUAAAUUUAAUAGAUUGUAUACUGUAAAUAUGUAUCUUAUGUAAAGGGAUUUUGUGACUUAAGUUGAAAGGGCCAGAAAUACGUGAUAGGAAUAAAAUGAGCAAAGCUCCGUUACUAAAACAAGAAUAAUAAUCUGGAAGACGGACGAAAUAAAAAGACAGAAGCGUAAUGAAUACAGG